AUGAAUAAAUUCUCUCAUCAUUGGUAUCCCGUCAUCACAUUAUUUUUUCUUGCAUUAACCACCUUACUAUACUUAAACCAAAUAGAGCCGUUACUGUCAAUCCCAGUCCCAUACUUGCCUUAUGUUUCUGGACACAUUAUUUUAAACAAUUCUAUUGAUCCAUUCCCGGUUCCAUUAAAAAAUAAAACUGAAAUUACAAAAGACAUAUAUGUGUAUGCUUUCACACUUCCGCAUUCUCAAGAUAUCUUGGGAACAAAACCAGGCCAGUUUAUAACUGUUACUUUAAAUAUUAAUGUGACUUCUAAUAUUACUAGGCCUUAUGCUGUUUUGUCAUCUGAUAAGGGUGAGUUUGAAUUAUUAAUUCAAGAUAUACACCAUGGUGGCCUUUCUACAAUUAUUAACCAUAGAGAAAUUGAUAGUAUCGCAUAUAUUAAUGGCCCUUAUGGAAAUUAUAAAUAUGAACAAAAUUUUAGAGAAAGAAUUGGUAUUGUUGCAAGUAGUACUGGGUUAUCUGCAGUGAUGCCAAUAAUUCAUCAAAUCGUUUAUGACAAAAAUGACACAACAUAUGUUAAUAUAGUAUAUUUAAAUAAAAGUGGAAACAUUCUCUUAAAAGAUAGACUUGAUGGAUUAGUAAGAGAGGCAGAAGGUAAAUUAACGGUGACCUACGUCACCGAUAUCUCUGAUAAUUUAUUAAUUGAAAAUUUCAAUUGGAAAGAUGUUACUAGUAAACAGCUAUUAAUUUGUGGUUCUCCAUUUUGGGAAGAUAAGAUGAUUGACAAAUUUGUCAAUCUACUCGAUUUUGAGAGACCAAAUGAAAGAAACAUGCAGAAUGAAAUAUAUUUCUAUUAG